AUGGCAGUAGAGAGUGGCCUAUUGCAACUUUGCAAUCUGAUCAACAUCAGAGCAUGGAACAUCUUACUGCUAUUUUUGGUGAUCUGCUAUGUUAUCUACGUGCGGUAUGGCACACCAUUGCGAAAUGUACCGGGACCUUUUCUGGCAAGUGUGACCAGGCUGUGGAAAUUGCGCAAGAUAUUGAGUGGUGACUUCGAGUGGACAAACAUCGAUCUUCACGGUCACUAUGGCCCGAUCGUCAGGAUAGGCCCCAAUGAAGUCAGCAUCGAUGAUCCCGAUGAGAGCCUCGGCAUUAUUUAUGGCCAUGGAACUAAGUUCACCAAGUCUCCCUGGUAUCAAGCGUCAGAUGCCCCUGGACAGCAUUCCAUUUUCACAGACACGGAUAUUGCCAGGCACGCACGUGAACGGCGGCUUGUGGCCAACAGCUUCUCCAUGACCUCACUAGCAGCACUCGAACCAUACAUCAGUGAUUGCGUGCAAGUACUCGAGACACGACUGUUUGAAUUGAGCAAAGAAAAUGCCGUGGUCGAUGUUGGCCAUUGGUUGCAAUGUUACGCAUUUGACGUGAUUGGCGAGAUUACUUUUGCAAAGCGAUUUGGUUUCCUUGAUCGUGGUGAAGACAUUGGCAACAUCAUGAAUGUUCUCGAUGGGUUUCUGUCCUAUUCUUCGUGGAUGGGUGUCGUUCCGGAGUUCCAUGCUCCAUUUACAAAGCUCAUGUCAACAUUUUUCGCGGAUGGAGCGCCCUUGGAGAGCUUGCGGCGGUUCGCAAGCAACGUUGUUGAAAAACGCCAGGCGUCCGAGACUUCGCACCCAGACUUUGUCGCCCAUUUCCUGCGUAUUCACAAUCAGAAGCCAGACCAAUUUCCCAUGUCAGAAGUGUACAAGAUGUGCAUGGUCCUCACAGGAGCAGGAUCUGACACCACUGCGAUCGCGCUGCGAGCUGUGGUCUACUUCUUGCUCAAGAGCCCUGACAAGCUGGAGAAACUGCGAUCAGAAAUCGACCAAAGAGAUAUGGCUGCAGAAGUGUCAAAACCUGUCACCUACAGCGAAGCUGUAUCAAUGCCCUAUCUUCAAGCGGUGCUGAAGGAGGCAAUGCGACUACAUCCGUCCACGGGGUUUACCCUUGGCCGUGUCGUCCCGGCAGGGGGUGUUGUGCUCUUGAACCACUUUAUACCGGAAAACACAGUUGUAGGCAUCAACUCCUGGGUGGCACACCGCAAUGCAUCCGUCUUUGGCGAAGACGUGGAGUCAUUUCGUCCUGAGCGGUGGCUGGAGUCUGAAGAAGCAACGAAGCGAAUGGACAGAUAUUUCUUGGAGUUCGGAACAGGCUCUCGCACCUGCCUGGGUAAAAAUAUCAGCUUGAUGGAGAUGUCGAAGUUGGUCCCGGAGAUCUUCCGUAUCUUCGACUUUGACUUAGUCGAUCGGAAGAAGCCAUGGCAUACAGUGAAUUGGUGGCUUGUGAAACAGACAGGUCUACUCUGUCGAGUUCGCGUUCGCAAGAACAGCCGGACUUGA